GCCCGCGGUUCCGGAAUCUUCCUCUUAUUCCUGACUCUUAACGUUCCACCUUCACUGCCGAUUGUUGGUUUGCUGCUCGCCGAACAGUCGCAAUGUCGAAGAAAAGAGGUCUUUCAUUGGAAGAGAAGCGAGAGAGAAUGCUCCAAGUCUUUUACGAGUCACAAGACUUCUUCCUGCUUAAGGAGCUUGAGAAGUUAGGUCCCAAGAAAGGUGUCAUCACUCAGUCCGUGAAGGAUGUCAUCCAAAGUUUAGUGGACGAUGACCUUGUUUCAAAAGAUAAGAUAGGAACUUCUGUAUACUUUUGGAGUCUUCCAAGCUGUGCAGGAAAUCAGCUUAGGAAUGUUUACCACAAACUUGAAUCUGAACUCAAAAGCAACAAGAAGCGGUAUGUUGAACUUGCUGAUCAAUGUGAGGUGCUAAAGAAAGGACGAGAGGAAUCUGACGAACGAGAGGAGGCCUUAGCGGAUCUAAAAGCCAUUGAGCUGAAGCAUAAUGAGUUGAAGGAAGAGUUGGGAAAGUAUGCAGACAAUGAUCCAGCUGCCGUUGAAGCAAUGAAGGAAGCAAUUGAAGUUGCCCAUGCAGCAGCCAACAGAUGGACAGACAACACUUUCACCCUGAAGCAAUGGUGCUCAAACAACUUCCCCCAGGCCAAGGAGCAGCUUGAAAACGUGUAUAAGGAGAUUGGGAUAACAGAUGAUUUUGACUAUUUGGAGCUAGCACCCCUUCCCCUCAGGGCUGUUGGUGAUUUGGAACUUUGAACCAAG